UAGUCGAUUGCAAGUUGUUAACAACUGAUAAUGGUCGCCGCUGCCGCCGCUGCUGCUGCCGUUCAAAGUUUGAACCGCGUACCAUGCAAAUCCCGAGAGUAGCCAUUAUCGCCGAUAAGCAAGCCAAUAAUUAGAUUUUGUCAUAUGUGCUACGCUAUUUAAUAGCCGUAGUAGUUCGAUAACAUACGCAGUCCAGAGCAAAGAUCGCCGCUAUGAAUUUUGUGCUGCGCUUCAUCAUAUUUUGCAUUGAUCCGCUUGGCCUGGGCCGUCGCUUCCUCGUACAGCCCGCUCGCAAUCUCACGCUCAAUGUGUACGAUCGCUUUCGCAGCAAGGCCGACGAGAAGGUGGACACCAUACGGGAGCUGGUGCUGCGCCUGGGCCUCAUCGCCUUCGCCGUUGUGUUGAUCAUCUGGUUGGCCGUCUUCUUCUAUGCCGCCUUCUACUAUGUCUACAUGCCGCCCAUCUCGCAUACGCGGCCCGUCCACAUGCAGUUCAAAACCUGCCUGGAGACGAGCACACCGUGCACCUUCCCCCACGCCCACGUCUCGCUGACCAAGAAGCAACAACUGCUGAUGGUGGGUCAAGCGUACAAGGUCAUUGUCAACAUUGAUAUGCCGGAAUCGCCGCAGAAUCUGGAGCUGGGCAUGUUCAUGGUCUGCGCCGAGAUGCGCGACUACGAUUCAAUGCUGCGCGGCCAUUCGUGUCGAUCGGCCAUGAUGCGCUAUCGCUCGCCACUGAUCCGGCUGAUAUCCACAUGGGCGCUGAGUCCGCUCUAUGUGCUCGGCUGGAAGGAGGAGUUCCAGAAGGUGCCGGUUGAGAUCUUCUCGCGCUACUUGGAGGAGCGCCAGCAUCCCAUCACAGACGUCUAUGUGGAGAUACAAUCGCAGAAAAUACAAUUCUAUACGGUGACGCUGCACAUUGAGGCGGAUUUUACUGGUCUACGGUACAUCAUGUUCAACUGGCCAAUUCUGUCCGCAAUAGUGGCCAUUAGCGCCAAUCUAUUCUUUAUAUUGGUCGUCUUUCUGCUCAGCUGGUAUCACUGGUCGGAUGCCACAUGGCUGCACAAUUUGCAAAUCCGAUAUGCCCGCCUCACCAAUCAACUGCAGAAGAAGACCAGCAGUGUGAUCCUCUCCAGCUCGAGCAGCUUGCGCGACGACGACGAGCUCAGCUUCAUGGACGAGAAGUACGAAAUUGCCGAACUGGGCGGCCACGGCGACGACCAACAGCUGGACAAGUCCAGCGAUAAGGCGGCAGAGAGUGCCGAUGUCCAGACGGUGCGACAGCGCAAAGUGGAGAAGCAGAAGGAGAAGCAGACAGAGCAGCAGACGGAGAAGCAGACGGAGAAAAAGGCAUAAAGUGCCAACCCAAAGGGCCGAGCAUGGCAGCUUGCCAAAGACUAAAUAGGUUUACGUUCGAUAAACAUAGUUUUCCCGCAGCUCCAAAUUUGUUAUUGCUGAAGUAUUUCCUCUACUCUAAUGCAAAGUUAGGACUUAUGACUCUGAAUGAUGUCCAUAUGUAUAUGAAACGCGCAAUGCUUAUUUUGAAAAUAAUGCAUAUCAGUGUAGGGUCUAGCUAUACGCAAAGUCUGAUAUAUAGA